AUGUUAUUAUCGUUUCUACCUCCAAUCUGUUCUCAAAUUUUAUUAAAUCAAAAUAAUAUACAAUCUCAAUAUAUAUCUCCACACGGUUUAUCUGGUCGUAUUAUACCAGCUGGAACAUUUUUAACCCAAAUUUUAGCUCUAGAAUAUAUAUAUGGAGUUGUGUGUCCCAUACCAAAAUUCCCACCGCGACCAUCUACUAUUCAGGGUAUUGAGUUAAUACGUAUCACUUAUGAUAAAGAAUAUUUGAUCACUGAAAAUGAAAUAACAGUUAAUAUAACUGGUAAUAAACGAUUAACUUUUUUUGCAAAUAUGGCUUUUGAUAAAAAUUAUAAACUAUGGGGCUAUGAUGGACAAAUACGAAAUUUUGGAUUAACAUUAGAUCCAUCUACAGAUGCAGAACGUGAAGCAACCAUAGGAUUCAUAUGUACUUUUACACAAACAUUCUGUGCUGGAGAAUUACAACAAUAUUCAAGUGUCGAAAAUUGUACACAAUAUUUAAUGAAACGGAUACCUUUUGGUUCAUUUGAUAGGGGAGACCAAGGAAAUGUCGCAUGCCGCACUAUUCAUGCAUACUUUGUUCCUCUAUUACCAACUGUACAUUGUCCACAUGUUGGUCCAACUGGAGGAGGAGCAUGUACCGAUAAAACAAUUGACUUUUAUUAUAAUCAACCGAAUUUUCUGGGUUGUGCUGCUAAACAAUGUCAAGAAAAUUAA